AUGUACCCAACUAUUCAAAAACUUAUCCAAUAUCUUAAUGAUAUUUAUAUCAAACUAAUUAUAUCCGAAAUUCAAGAUGUUUGUAAAACAAUAAAUGAAUCAAUGCUAAAACAUUGGGAUGAACCAAAAGAAACAGGAUUAAUUGCAUCAUACUUGAAUCUCUACUUUAAAAAUUUAUGUUUUUUAAGUCCUUCAGAAAAAAUAGAAACAAUUAAUUUGAUUCGUACAAAAAUUACAAACUUAUCUGAUUUGUCUGCUUUUACUACUUCUAAUAACCCUAUUCAAAAUACAUAUGAGCAUAUGAUGAGCAAGUUUUUUGAUGAUGAUGAUACUGAUACGCAUUUAUUAUCUUUAGAUGUCAAAUUGCAAUUAUAUGAUA